AUGCUGAUCCAAGAAUCCUAUCAUGAUGUCCCCACCAAAGCGGAUGGACAGGGAACGAUGCGCAUCUAUGUCUUCCACCCGACAAUCCCGGGCUACCCCAAAGCCCGCUUCCCCGGAGUCGUAGUUUUCAGCGAGAUCUAUCAAGUGACGGGACCCGUGGCACGCUUUGCACGCCAGAUCGCAGGCCAGGGCUACAUCUGUGCUGCUCCUUCGAGCUACCAUGAAUUCACUGGCCCGGAACCUCUGAAGUACGACGCUGAGGACACGGACAAGGGAACGCGUGGAAGAUUGGCAAGUCUCAGUGUGGAUUAUCUGCUCUCAUUGCCCACUUGCAAUGGCCAAGUCGGUGCCACGGGCAUGUGUCUUGGUGGCCACUUGGCCUAUCGUUGCGCGCUGGAUAGCCGGGUCAAGGCGAGCGUGUGUUACUUUGCCACGGAUAUCCACAGCAAGACCCUUGCCCUGGGGAAGAACGAUGAUAGUUUGGAGAGAGCCGGGGAUAUCAAGGGUGAGAUGCUAAUGGGACGCGAUCUCAUCCGCAAGACCCUGCAUGAUAAGGGCGUCUUAUUUGGUUUCUAUGAAGUCGCUUGGGCGCAACAUGCCUUUAUCCGUGAUGAGCUCAGCAAGGGUCGGUAUGAUCCGGCUAUUAGCAAGGUCUGCUUUGAGAUGCUGCUUGAGCUGUUUGGGCGCACCUUGAAGCUGGAUCUGGGCGAUCAUGAUGGGCAAAAAUUGGUGAUCGAAGAUGUGUGCUAA